AUGGCUAGUUUUCCAUUAGCUAGCAGACCUGCUAUUCUAUUAUACUUGGCAUACGAACCAUUGUAUCAUGGUACUCUCACUAAAGCCCAGACCAGUGAGUUGCUCAAGAAUGAUGGCGACUUUCUUGUGCAGGCGAGUUCCGAUCAAACGACUGUUGUCAUAAGCGUGAGAAAGGAUACUGUUCAUGGAUUCUUGAUUCAUACUGUUGAGACCCUCGUUGGCGUUCUCUUCAAAAUAAGUAGAAAAACGUUCCACUGUUUUGAAGCUCUCAUUAAUCAUUUCACUUCUGAAGUGUUCGAAAUCAAAGAAACUGGAGUCAUAAUUCGAUUUACUAACCCAAUCUUCAGACGACUGUCCUUCAGUCGUAUUGGAACACCAACAACAAUGGAGCUCGAACCACGUCACUGUAAAACAACCAGCUUACCAGUUGCUCCAAAAGCCGUUCAGUCAGACCUUGUUCCACUGAGGAAAGAGUUGUUCUCAGAAAGCGUUAUCCCACAAUUAGAAGAGCUCUGUAAGCUUAGACACAAGAAUGUGAUUGAGCUUCUUGAUUUUCAACGAUAUUUGAAUUUUAACACAAUGGCUGUAAUACUAAACUAUCCUCAUCACAAAGCCACUAUGCAGAGUUACUUCGAGUCCAAUGAGACCUCCAGAAGUUUCAUGUACAAGAUACUCAAUCAAGCCGCCGAAGGCAUGCAAUUCCUCGCCGACAAAGGAUUGGUCGGAACGAUUGUAACUCCUUAUGACAGUUAUAUUGACGAGUUGGAUAACUUGAAAAUCGGGUACGCUUGGAAAGAUCCUUGGCCAACAUUCCAUCAAGAGACUUUCCUAAGUGCUAAUCACUGGAGGUUCUUAGCACCAGAAUGUGUUCUUCUCAACAUGUUCGGUCCUCCAACUCUUAUGUACAACUUCGGUAUACUAGCGUGGUGUAUAAUGACAAAGUGUUCCUUGACACCAUUUGCUUAUCACGAGACGUUCUCUUCAUUCUUUCAAGUGAUUGACCAUGAAGAGCUAAUGUUCCCUGGCAAACGUAGAAACAAACUGAUAGAAGAUGUUCUACCGCAAUUGACAGCAAGUAUCCAAAGUUAUCAGAAGUCAGUAGAUGCAUGCGAUACAAUCCCUGAGAACAUAAUGAACAUGAUCAUAUCAAUGGUGAAGCUGCAGCCAUACGAAAGACCAUCGUGGGCUUUAGUAGUAAAGGAGACUUCCGUUUCUUCGACAAUCGAUAACAUCGUAUCUUCAGUCAAGACUCUCUUCCCAUUUGUUUAA